AUGGCAAGUCAAGCAUGCUGUAACGUUCCUCCCAAAGGAGGGCCAGCAGUCGUAUCUGAAGAUCAAAUCGACCAAGCGGCGGGAGUGAAUCUGUACGUGUUCGGCGAUCGGUCGGCCAAGCGAGGUGUGGUGCUUGUGUAUGAUAUUUUUGGACUCUACCAACAGACCAAACAAGGAGCGGCACUCCUUGCAAAGGAGCUGGAUUGUCUGGUUAUUAUCCCAGAUUUUUUCAAUGGAGAAGCAGCCAACCUGGAAUGGGUGGGGAUGGAUACCGAUGAAAAAAGGAACAAAAUGAUGGGAUUCUUUGUGGAGAAAGCAAACCCUGAAAAGAAUCUCGCGACCCUCAUCUCCGUCACCAAUGAAGCCAAGAGCCUCUAUACCACUGUUGAAAAAUGGGCUGUCCUGGGACUUUGCUGGGGUGGAAAGCUUGCUGCAUUGGCCUCCGCUGGACCGACCCUAUUUGUUGCCUCUGGUCAAGCCCAUCCUUCGCUUCUCGAGGUGGCAGAUGCUAAGGCCAUGAGCAUCCCGCACAUUUGCCUGGUUUCCCCAGAUGAACCUGUAGACAUUUUGAAACCAUAUGAGGAAGCAUUGCCAGCCAACUCCGAGUUGGAACUAUACGGUACGAUGUUCCACGGAUGGAUGGGAGCACGAGCAAAUUUGGAGGACGAGGAGAACACUCGCGAGUUUAUCAGAGGGUAUAAGCAGGUCGCCGCCUUUUUUAAACCCUUGCUAUGA